CAGCUGCGCGUUGUAGCUCUCGAUGGCCGCUUCCAGACUCUCCUCAUCCAUGGUCCCCGCGGGGAAAGCGCCUUCAGCCAAGCCCUGCCCGGGAACUCACUGCAUAUCCCCAGACUCGACUGGAGAGCGCCGGCUUUGGGGGAGCAGGAUGUACACACUGCUGUCUGGGCUCUACAAAUACAUCUUCCAGAGGGAUGAGUACUGCAUCCUGAUCCUUGGCUUGGACAAUGCUGGAAAAACUACUUUCCUUGAACAAACUAAAACUCGAUUUAACAAGAACUACAAAGGGAUGAGUUUGUCCAAAAUCACAACCACUGUAGGCUUAAACAUUGGCACCAUUGAUGUUGGCAAAGCUCGGCUGAUGUUCUGGGAUCUGGGUGGACAGGAGGAGCUGCAGUCUCUGUGGGACAAGUAUUAUGCUGAGUCCCACGGGGUGAUUUAUGUGAUUGACUCCACAGAUGAGGAGAGGCUCUCAGAGUCUAAAAGAGCUUUUGAGAAGAUGAUCACCAGUGAAGCUCUGGAGGGGGUUCCCAUCCUGGUGCUGGCCAACAAGCAGGAUGUAGAGACUUGUCUGUCAAUCCCUGACAUCAAGACAGCUUUCAGUGACUGCAUCAACAAAAUUGGGAAGAGAGACUGCCUGACACAAGCCUGCUCUGCUCUGACUGGCAAGGGGCUGAACGAGGGCAUUGAGUGGAUGGUGAAGUGUGUGGUGAGGAACAUCCACCGGCCCCCCAGGAAGAAGGACAUCACGUAGGAGGCUGCCAGCCAGCCCAGGAACACACAGCCUCUUCCUCCCCACACAACUUCAUCUUCUUGGUAAAGAAGGUGCUCCACUGGCUUCCUAUUACACCUGAUUCUUUCCUACGUUUGGAGACAACCAUUCUCUUUCUGUGUCUAAAAAAAAAACACAAAAAACAACCAAACAAAAAACUGGAGCAAAGGAUUCCAACUGGAUGGGGGGUGGGAAUCUCUUGAGUAUUAAACCCGUGGCCUGAGAGCAGAGACCCAGUGGCCAUCCCCACAUCUUUGCAGGUGCAAAGGAUGCAGUUUCCUCCUGCAUUACUUUGUGGCUCUUGAUUUGUCAGUCCAACAGGCCAGAGGCCAGUGCCAUGAAGGAACUCCUGAAAGAACUGUCCAGGUGAAUAUGAGAGGGGAAGGAGAGCCUGGGAUGUGGCUGUCCCUUCCACUGGAGGUGAUCCCUUGCUGCUCCAGCCCCACAGUUGCUCUGGGUGGCAUUCCUGGCCCUGUUAAUGCUGCUGGUGAUGCAAAGGGGAGAGACAGUGUUGAUUUUUAACUCAUGUUUUCUGUCACUGUUGUUUUGUAACUUCUACCUGUGGUAAAUGCAGCCCUGGGAGCCAGCAGCUGCACAGUGGUACUGUUGGAAAUGAGGGAUUUUAAUGGGCUGGGAACUCCAGAAGCACUGCCCUGCCUUGGCUGCCAGUCUCUGCUGGGCACUCUCUUUAAUCAUAAGAGUAAUUGGUACCUUCUGUAAACAAAAUGAACCAAGGCCCCCUCUGUGAUCUUUAGGCCAAAAGCUGAACCUCCAGGCAGGGAGGAAUCAGUAUGCAAUAAAGCUUCUUACUUCUCUGAA